AUGAUGUCUUCUAGGAAAGCCUCAGUAGUUACAGCUAGUUCUCUUUUGAGGUUCUGCAAUGGCUGUUAUAUGUCAAGGACUAUAUCAACUGCUGCUGAAAGGUGGGAUUCUAAGUUUUCAGGUGGUUUUAAAGCAGAUGCUUCUUCGGGUUACCAACAAAAUCAAGCUGGGUUUUAUCAGCGAAAUGCAAGUGGAUCUUAUCAAAAUGAUCAUGCUAGUUCAGAGCCAAUUUCUUAUGGAGCUGGUCGAAAUGCAGGUGGAGGUCAUGUAAAUAUCACCCAGAAUGUAGUUCAAAAUAAUUCUGCAGAGUAUAAUGGAAGUGUCAAUGGGGACUUUGUUCAAAGGAACUUGAAAAUGCAACAUAAUGUUGGCGUAGGUGUUGAUAAUUCAAAGGGUUUUAGGAUACAUCCUAAUGCUUUUGAGAAACAUAACUGGACACCGGAAUCUGGAGAAAAGGUGGAGUAUUCCAAUGCAGGUAGUUUUCCUAGGCCUUUAGAGUAUCAAGGACAUCCAACAAGGAACGUUACCGAAAACAUUGGUCAUUUUCAGCGGACACCAAAUGAGUACUACACAAGGAAUAAUGAAAUGGGUCAACAGUACUCUAAAGGGAGCGUUAUCCAAAACAUUGGUCAUUUUCAGCAGACACCAAAUGAGUACUACAGAAGGAGUCAUGAAACGGGUCAACAGUACUCUGCUUAUGGACAGUCUCAGCAGAGUGUAGACGGUCGAUAUCCUCCAAAUUUUAAUUUGGUACAGAAAUCAACAGUUGGAUCUCAUCUAUCGAGUAAUCCAAAACCUGAUGGCGAAUCAGUUGAUGCAUCUAAUGAUAGUCCAUAUAGAGGUACACUCGACGAGCUGGAUACUUUUUGCAUGGAGGGUAAAGUGAAGGAAGCAGUUGACGUUUUGCAAAUGUUGGAAAAGCUUCAUAUUCAUGUCGAUUUGCAUCGAUGUUUGCAAUUAAUGCACCAAUGUAGGAAGGCUAGGUCUCUUGAGGAGGCAAAAGUUGUACACAGAUAUGUGUUGCAACAUUUGUCGCCUCUAAACGUCAGCACGUGUAAUGAAAUAUUGGGGAUGUAUUUUGAAUGUGGUUCUGUAGAUGAUGCGGUCAAGGUGUUCAAGAACAUGACUGAGUGCGAUUUGACUACUUGGUAUACUAUGAUAACGCAGCUUGCUAAGAAUGGUAUGCUCGGAGAUAUUGGUGAGGGAAUGCUGCACUUUGAAACCAUGAAUAGGGACUAUGGCAUUGUGCCAACUAUGGCACAUUAUGUCAGUUUAGUUGACAUGAUUGGUAGCAUUGGGCAUCUUGGUGAAGCCUUGGAGUUCAUUGAAAAGAUGCCAAUGGAACCAAGUGUAGAGGUAUGGGAGACUUUGAUGAAUAGUUGCCGAGUUCAUGGAAACACCGAAUUGGGGGAUCGUUGUGCUGAACUAGUUGAGAAGUUGGAUCCUUCUCGUUUGAAUGAGAAAUCAAAAGCUGGCCUUUUACUCGAAGAAACUUCAGACUCAAUAAAAAACAAAGAGCAGAACAAAUUAGCAAGCAAAAAUCUUCUAGAAGUUCGGAGCAAAAUCCAUGAAUAUCGAGCAGGCGAUACUUCCCAUCCAGAAAAUGACAAGAUCUAUGCUUUGCUUAGAGGUUUAAGGGUGCAAAUGAAAGAAGCUGGCUAUAUUGCAGAGACGAAAUAUGUGUUGCAUGACAUAGACCAGGAAGGCAAAGAAGAUGCUCUCCUUGCCCACAGUGAGAGACUUGCCGUUGCUUAUGGUCUCCUCAACAGUUCUGCUCGUUCUUCCAUUAGAGUAAUUAAAAAUCUUCGCGUUUGUGGUGAUUGUCAUACUGCUCUAAAGAUUAUUUCUGAUCUUGUGGGAAGAGAACUCAUCAUCCGAGAUGCUAAAAGGUUCCACCAUUUUAAAAAUGGCCUAUGCUCCUGUCGGGAUUACUGGUGA